GGGAAAAUUGAUAAACAAAACCCAGUCGCAAAGGAAGGGCGUAGCCAUACAAAGAAGAGCUGAUAAUUCAUUGAUUACAUCUAGAUAACGCCCGGGCCGUCCACGCGACAUUGUACUAGAUAAAAAUUAGGGCUUGAUAGAUAAGCUAUAUCUAUAAAUCGCAGCUACCUGAGUGGUGUGUCAUUUAUUAUUCCAAUACAUUUUUUAUCGUAUUUCCUGUGAAUAAUAAACAUUUUUAUAUCAAGACAGUGUAUUUGUACAUCUCUAGUAGAUAAUAAAGGUAUUGUAAUUCAUCAGAGUGCGAGAUUUUACUAAAAAACACCGAAAAUAAGUGUUAAAAAAGUAUGGUGUGUCGAGUGAAUCACAUUAGAAUCUGCUUAACAAUCGGACCGUAACGUGCAGUGUUAUGUGAAAAAUGAUUAAAAACGCAUUCUUAGCAGUUUUUCUUUGUGUCAGUGUGAGGUCUCAGUCAAAUAAAGACCUUUACAAUGGGCAGUAUAUGAAUGAAUAUUAUAAUAAACAGUAUGAUGGGUCAAGGGAGAUGAGAGUGCCUGCGCCGGGAGAUAGCGAUUAUAGAACGUACGUGUACAAUAAUAGAAGAUAUGGAGCGGACCCUACGAGAUACAACCCAUACAAUCCCAAUAUAAACCAGCCAGGAGGAUUUCCAUACAAUCCAAUACCAUACAACCCCCUCAACCCCAGUCCUAUGGAUGAUCAGUACAAGUAUAAUGUUAAUCGUGACCCGAACAACCCGGACGCCUUAUUCCCUGGAGUACUCGGUGGAUGGAGGGAGGAUUUGCAGGGCAAAGAGAGACGGGACUCCAGGCAACUGAAGAGAGAUGUCUUUGUCAACACCAACUUUGGACAAGUGCAGGGCUUUAAGGUGUAUUUAUAUGAUAAUCCGGAUCCAGACUCAGGGUAUAGACCUUGGUUGACACCUGUUGAGAGGAUUCAAGGAGAGGUGUCUGUCUUCUUGGGUAUUCCAUAUGCAAGACCACCAGUUUUAGAAGGAAGAUUCAAGCCCCCGCGUCAGCACCCCGGCUGGCAGCUGAUGCAGGCCGUAGACUGGGGCCCGGCCUGCCCACAGCCUGUAAAGUUCACCGGAGCCACCAAAGGCAUCCGAGACAUGGACGAAGACUGCCUGUAUCUAAAUGUAUUCUCUCCUAAUACGGAGGCUGGAGCGACGGCUCAGAAGUACCCAGUGAUGGUAUACAUCCAUGGGGGACAGUUCCAAUCAGGUGCCUCCAAUCUGUUCCCGGCUCACAUGCUAGCUGGCUUCUACAACGUCGUCGUGGUGUCUAUCAACUACCGCCUCGGUGCUCUAGGUUUCCUGUCGACCGGUGAUGAAAACUCACCAGGUAACUACGGCAUCUUGGACCAAGCGAUGGCACUGCGCUGGAUAUACGACAACAUAGGACCGUUCAACGGGGAUCGUAACAGUAUAACACUGUUUGGGCCCGGCGCAGGCGCCGCGUCCGCCGGCCUGCUAGCGCUGGCGCCUAUGACCAGCGACAUUGUUACCAGAGUCAUUGCUCAGAGUGGGUCAGCCCUAGCGGACUGGGCGUUGAUAGAAGACAAGUUCCGAGUGCAGAAUACGUCACUAGUGUUCGGUCGUCUGCUGGGCUGCCCCAUAGACUCCUCCUGGAAACUGGUCAACUGUCUCCGGCAGGGCCGCAGCUUCUAUGAGCUGGGCAACGCGCAGUUCGAGCCACAAGUGGGCUUCAUCCCAUGGGGUCCGGUGUUAGAGAACAACUUCACGUUCCCGGGAGACGAGUGGUAUGAAGGCUGGCGGCAGCGGGACUGGCGCUUCCUGGAUACGCCAGUGGAAGACCUGAUCAAGAGACGGCGGUUCAACCCUUCACUGCGGUAUAUGACUGGGGUCACUACUCAGGAAGCUGCUUAUGUUCUAUAUAACAACGAUUCACUAGCGCCAAACUACGAGAUAACGGAACGCUGGUUCAACCAGAAGGUAGCGGAGUUCGUGCUCAGAUACAAUUACACUCUGAACCCGCGGGGCGUCUACGAAGCUAUCCGGUAUAUGUACACAUACCACCCCGAGCCGCACAACGUGAGCGCCAUACGUGACCAGUACACGCACUUCCUUUCAGACUUCCUGUAUAGAGCGCCGACGGACAAAAUGGUGAAACUACUUCUAGAACAAAACGUCCCAGUGUAUAUGUACGUGUUGAAUACCACAGUGGAAGCGUUCAGGUGGCCGGAAUGGCGCCAAUACGCCCACGACACUGAGCACUUUUUCCUCUCCGGAGCCCCGUUUAUGGACCCAGAGUUCUUCCCCAACAAACUCCGGAUUGAGAGGCAAAUGUGGACGGGCAACGAUCGAAACAUGAGCCAUUUCUUCAUGAAAGCUUUUUCGGAUUUCGCGAGAUACGGCAAUCCGACGCGCUCCCGCAUCCUAGGGGUCCACUUCGAAGUAGCCACGGCGGGCCAGCUCCGCUACCUAAAUCUGAACACCACAUACAACUCCACAAUACAGCUCAACUACAGACAGACAGAACUUGCGUUCUGGACCGUAUACCUGCCGACUGUUAUUGGUAGACUUGUGCCUACAUAUCCGCCUAUCACUGAGUACUGGUGGGAACCGAAGCAACCUCUGCAGAUAGCGUUCUGGUCGGUGUCCAGUGCUUGUCUACUGCUCAUCGUGCUGUUGGUGGUACUCUGCAUGCUUUGGAGGAACGCUAAGAGGGCUAUACCGCCGAAAUGGAAAAUGAUACCUCCCAUGGAAACAGAUCGCUACUACAGCGACGACAUAUUCAUGGUACCGGAUCUGGGCGAUCCGGGCGUGGACAACACGACGCGGUCGCGGGACAACAUCUACGAGUACCGGGACGUGCCCAUCAAGCGCCCACAGACGCCGCAGACGCUUAGUAGAGCGACAAGUCAACCGCAAACCCUGCAGUCGCGGCCAAUAUCGGCAGCGUCCACCGGAUCUGCGUUGUCUCUUAAGGAAGGCACCGUAUCUCUCUCCCCUGAGCCCGUUCCAGUGCCACGAGCACGCAGCCGCACUCAACUUGUUCAUGGGGUCCCACAGACCACUGUUUGAAUUUCGGUCUUCCAUCAUACUAAAACACAUUUACAUGACACAACUCCCACAACCGCCAUAAAGGAGUAUACAGAGUGUUAGUGACAUCGUAACGAAAACUUUGAGGGAUUAACUCAGAAUCAUGCUGCAUCAUCCCCCUCAGUAUCAGUUACGAUGUCACUGACACCCUAUCUACUAGUAUGGCUACUUGAAUGUACCUAUAGAGGGUGUAAGUGACAUCGUAUCAAAUACUGGUAUCGAGGGGGGCGAAUCAGCUCAUUAUUCUGAAUUAAUAUCAAAUGGAAUUUUCCAUCGCAACAUUGUAGAAUUGAAAAUUAUUUAAAAACCAAAAAAAAACAUGAAUUUAAAAAAACUAACUUUUUAAUUUUCCAGAGUUCUCCGGCGGAAAAUUCCGGUUGGUAUUAUGGCUUAUUUUAAUUAACACAGAAUCGUGAGCUGAAUCAUUCCCCUCAGUAUUCGAUAUUGUGUACUGUCCCUGUAUAAUACGCUUCCUGCCUUAGUGUUCAGUUUCUAAAACCUUUUUAAAAUAUAAUAACACUUAUACUUUUGUAUUAUAAUUGUAACAUUGUACUGUAAACGAUCUCGAUAUAAUUCGUACGUUUUAUACGAACUCUUCGGAAUUUGUAUGGAAGCACUGAGAUUUGACGUCAUGAAUAAACAUGGUCAAAUGUCGUACUCAUUGUUACUUGAUGCUUGGUUAACAUUCCUAAUUAAGUAAGAAGAAAGGCAAAGGAAGGCAAGAGGGAAACCACUGCCCUGUUUCUCCCUAAAAGAGUAGCAUGGAGAGUGCUACACCGACAAGAGCGUGGCUCUUAAAUUAGUGGUUAAGUAAAAAGAAAAAUCAGAUUGAUUUUUAAUUAUCUUAGACUGGCUUGUAUUUUUAUAUUUGAAUUUUAACACAAGAUAAACAGUCUAUAAAGUCUAUAUAUUAUAUAGGUCAAUUUCGUCCAGAAUGUCACUUAGACCCAUUUGCCUUUCAACCCCUAAAUUAACCGGAGGGGUUAAGGAGCAUACUUCACGCUGCUUCACUGCGGGUAGUAAGAGUAUUAGCAUUUUAUAGGGAAAAAAAUGUACCAUUCUAUCCUUUUCUUCACCGAACAUAUCGCCUAGUGAGUGACAAAUUAAUUAAUUGGUCAAGAAAGUAUAGUGUUUCGAGUCUUAUUGUUGUGAAUAUAUUUUUUAAAUCGAUUAAUAUUUUACAGUCUUCGCUUUAAUAUAGUAUUAACACCACCGCUAGUAAGUAAGUCUAUAUUUCGUAUAAAUCACUACUGGACGUACUAAGAUCAUUCCGUAUUUUCUAAAGCACAGGGGGACUAGGCCACAUUGAGCAAUUCAUCCAAAAAGCAAUAUUGCUAUUUGCUAUUUAUUGUAAUUGGCGCUGAUUUCAGUACACGCCAUCUUAGGUUAUUUUAAUUUGUACCUGUCAUUUUCUUAUCCGCUAAAAAGGAAAGGGAACGGGUAAUCGACAGGCAUAAAAUUUAUACCAAAAAAAAUCGGGCCCAUUGCGCAUACAUACAUACAUAAACUCACGCCCGUAUUCCCCGAAGGGGUGGGCAGAAGUACAAAUAAUCAAGAAACUAUUUGCAGCCACUUUAGCCCAUUGCGCACUUAUUUUUAUAUGCGCAAAUGUCAAAUAGCAAUAUUGCUUUUUAGAUGAAUUGCUUCGAUGUGUUAAACCCCAGGUCUGUAUUAAGCUGCCAUUACCAUUUUUUAAAUAAAUAUUAGACUGAAUUAGAUAAUAUUUUUAAUGAAUUAAUGCUUGUCGUGGUCAGAAAUAUAUUCCUUCUGUAAUAGAAUUGUCUAACCUUAAACAUAUGAUAUACUCCACAUUCAGAAUUCUGUUUAUCCACUUGUGGCUUAACAGAAUUCGGAACAUAAUAUUUCUGAUUCGUGGCAAUAAGGCUGCGUUUCCAUUGACGCGGAGCUGUGCAGAGAUGACCGGAGAUGUGCAGGAAUCGACCAAUCACCGCGAGGGGAGAGUGACAGCGCGUCUUCGUUUUUCGCUCUCUCUAACGCUGUGAUUGGUCAAAUCCGCACAUCUCCGCUCCUCUCCGCCCAGCUCCGCGUCAAUGGUAACGCUGCCUAAUACUACAAGUUUCUUAUAAUUUUGCGAGAUUUUUUUUACCAUUCGAGUAUUUUAAUUAUUUUUAUUUUACCUGUAAGGUAAAUUGUACAGAAAACGGCUUUCUUUAUUUUUGUAAUUAGAUAUUUUUUGUAAUAAACUCUUUUAUUUGAACUUAAUUAAGUGUUAUUUUGCAACGCAAUUUAAGUAAUAAAGUAGGUAAAUAACUAGCUCUGAGCAAAUAUAAUAGGUAAAUUAGUAAAAUAAUAAAUAAGCACUGAUUUUGGGUGUAAGUGGAAAUAAACCAUACUUCAAUCACCAUUUGGUCGAAACUCGAAAGGUACAAAAGGUAAAGUUAGGGUAAUUUAAAUUUAUUUUAUAAAUAACAUAUCAUAAAUAUAACAUAUCAUCACGCCUGUAUCCCCAAAGGGGUAGGCAGAGGUGUAUAGUGUAUACAUCCACUCCUCGCCAACUAUGUUUCAAUCCCAUUUGUAAUAGAAGCAAUUCAUCUGAAAAGCAAUCUUGCUAUUUGACAUUUGCGCAUAUAACAGUUAGCUCAAGAAAUGUCAAAUAGCAAUAUUGCUCUUUUAGAUAAAUUGCUUUAAUUUUAUUUACAAACUUGAUUAAAUUCGCUGUUUUAAAAUAUGGAAUAUUUUCAAUUAUACCCUCUUUGUUACUACUUCGAUUAUUGUGCAGCUAUUUUAUGUUAGUUUAUAAGGAUUGUCAUGUUUGUGAUUGUCUGUCCGUCCAUUUAUCGUGCAAUCGUGUCUUAUAUUGUGCCUGUAGGAUUUUUAUAUGAAUAUAUUUAUUAUUAAUUACUCGUAACUUAAACAUUGAACGAAACAUAACUGCCUUAUUGUACUUUGUAAUAUGACGAAAUAAAAAGCGUAUUUUUUACGGUGAA